AUGGACGUCGUCCGUGCUCAUUUAGGUGGAUUGAAAGUCCAGCUGUGUGGACUGGCACAGUACGGCAAUUUGGUGGGCAUCACAAUUGGAUACACAAUAACGGCAUCCAUCAGUAUAGUGGCUGUGAGGAGGUCAAAUUGCUUCCACAAGGAGGGGCACAAUGCGGCGUGCGAGGUGGCCAACUACCCGUACAUGGGGCUGUUUGCGGGCAUUCAGAUUAUUCUGAGCCAAAUACCAAAUUUUCACGAGCUUUCGUGGCUGUCGAUCAUGGCGGCCGUUAUGUCCUUCGCUUACUCCACCAUCGGCUUAGGUCUCUCCAUAGCCAAAGUUGCAGGCGGUGAUCGUGCGAGGACAAGCCUAACGGGGACAACGGUAGGCGUGGACGUGUCCGCAGCGGAUAAGGUGUGGAGAAGCUUCCAAGCCAUAGGAGAUAUUGCCUUUGCCUAUGCUUACUCUACUGACACGUUAAAAUCACAUCCGCCGGAGAACAAAGUGAUGAAAAGGGCUUCAUUUGUUGGGGUAUCAACGACAACCUUAUUUUACGUGCUUUGCGGUUGCGUGGGCUAUGCUGCUUUCGGAAACGACGCGCCUGGAAAUUUCCUCACUGGAUUCGGAUUUUACGAGCCCUAUUGGCUCAUCGACUUUGCCAACGUUUGCAUUGCAAUCCACCUAAUUGGUGCUUAUCAGGUUUUCGCGCAACCGAUAUUCGGAUUUGUGGAGAGCUGGUGCACCAGAAAAUGGCCCGAUAACAAAUUCAUCACGGCCGAGCACUCAUUGUUGAACACCUCCUAUACCAUCAACAUGUUCAGGCUCGUGUGGCGCACGGUCUACGUUGUGAUCACUUCCUUGUUUGCCAUGAUUUUCCCCUUUUUCAACGACUUCUUAGGCUUGAUCGGGGCCGCCUCGUUCUAUCCUUUGACUGUCUAUUUCCCGAUCGAGAUGCACAUUGCCCAAGCAAAGAUACCCAAAUACUCCUUCACAUGGAUUUGGCUCAAGGUUCUGAGCUGGGCUUGUUUGAUUGUGUCAAUUGUGGCAGCUGCUGGCUCUAUACAAGGGCUUGCACAUGAUGUCAAGAAAUACAAGCCUUUCAAAACUAUGUAG